UCUAACGGUCAGGGCUCUGAGGCUGCUGCAGCCUAUCCUGUCAACACUGGACCAGGCGAGGGCAACAGCGCCAGCAAGAGGUCUAGAGCCUUGCUGCAGAUUGACCGACAGCGCAUCCAAGCAGCAUCUGCCAGUUCUGGAGCUGAUGAGCUCCAGGGCCUUGGUGUGGCUGUGUAUGACCAGGAUGUCCUUGAGCAAGGUGUCUUGCAGCAAGUGGACCAGGCAAUCCAGGAGGCCAGUCUUGCAGCUUCUAGAGCUGAAGCUGAGAAGGAGUACCACUCGGUGCUCGAUGAUGUCAGGUCUGUCACAGCAUCUCUGAAACAUAUCAACAAGAUUAUUGAGCAGCUGUCUCCCUAUGCUGCCUCCAGCAAAGAUAUCAGUAGGAAGAUUGAAUCUGUCAAACGUCAAAAGGAAAAUAAGGAGAAGCAGCUGAAGAAAGUCAGAGCCAAACAGAAGCGACUUCAGGCCAUUCUGGGAGGAGAGGACAUUCAAAGGGUGGAAACUGAGCUUUUGGCACAGGAUGAUGGAGAGGAAGCUGAAGCUGGGCCAUCCACACUGGGCAGCAUGCUCAUGCCGGCUCAGGAGACUGAAUGGGAGGAGCUUAUUCGGAAAGGUCACAUGACUCCUUUUGGAACCCGGAUCCCUCAAGUAAAGAAGGUACCUCGAAAAGUGAUGCUUGCUGAGAACUCGGCCUUCGAUCAGUACUUGGCUGACCAGGCCAAGCUGGCUACUGAGAGGAAGAGAGUCCCUUUCCUAAAAAAGAAGAGGAGCUCUGGACUCAGACCUGAUGAGAAGAUCAGGGGAAAAGCCAGCAAAAUGGUUUCCUCUUCCAAAGAUAAAAAACUAAGGAAGCGCAUGCGAAAGCUCCAGUUAGCUGCUCUGAAGGCCCAUCCUAAGGCCCGGCCUAAGGCUGAGCCACAGCUCCCUAAAUCAAGGAAGAGGCAUCACACUGAGGGAGAGGAGACAGACAGUGAGGGGACAGAGUACCUGCCUAGUGAUGAAGGCAUAGAUCCUGACCAAGAGGAAAGGGAAGCCAUGGAGGAGGGCUUUGGGGAGGAUGAUGAUGAAGAGUAUGAGCUGAAGCCAUACAAGAGAAGAACUGAGGGGAGAGGGAGGAGGAAAGUCAAGAAAACUGAGGAUAGUGAAGAAGAAUACUUCCCUGAGAGUUCAGAUGAAGAGGAGGAUGGGAAGGGUAAAGAGAAAAAAUGCAAAGAUGAUGGAGAUGUGGAGUACUACAGACAGCGAAUAAGGAGAUGGAAGCGACAGCGUCUUCAAGAAAGGGAGGCGAAGAGACAAAGAGGCGAGGAGCUUACAGAUGACAGUGAUGCCGAGUUUGAUGAAGGCUUCAAAGUGCCUGGCUUCCUCUGGAAAAAACUUUACAAGUACCAGCAGACAGGUGUGCGGUGGAUGUGGGAACUCCAUUGUCAGCAAGCAGGCGGCAUCUUGGGAGACGAGAUGGGUUUGGGUAAAACCAUCCAGGUCAUCAGCUUUCUGGCUGGACUGAGCUACAGCAAACUGAGGACCAGAGGAUCCAACUAUAGGUAUGUCGGUCUGGGCCCUACAGUCAUCGUGUGCCCGACUACAGUCAUGCAUCAAUGGGUGAAGGAGUUUCACACCUGGUGGCCUCCUUUUAGAGUGGCUGUUCUACAUGAAACUGGCUCCUUCACCAGCAACAAGGAAAAGCUCAUUCCAGAGAUAACAUCAUGUCAUGGUAUUCUGAUAACCUCAUAUUCAGCUGUGAGGAAUAUGCAAGACACCUUGCAGCGAUAUGACUGGCACUAUAUUAUACUGGAUGAGGGGCAUAAGAUCAGAAAUCCAAAUGCUGGAGUUACCAUUGCCUGCAAACAGUUUCGUACUCCCCACAGGUUCAUUCUGUCGGGCUCUCCAAUGCAGAACAAUCUGAAGGAGCUGUGGUCUCUGUUUGACUUCGUCUUCCCCGGCAAACUGGGGACACUGCCUGUCUUCAUGGAGCAGUUUUCUGUGCCGAUCACCAUGGGGGGAUACAGCAAUGCCUCGCCUGUACAGGUCCAGACGGCAUUUAAGUGCGCAUGCGUGCUGAGGGACACCAUCAAUCCUUAUCUGCUCAGAAGAAUGAAGGCAGACGUCAAGGCCAACCUCUCCUUACCUGACAAAAAUGAACAGGUUCUGUUUUGCAGAUUAACAGAUGAACAGCGCCAGGUGUAUCAGAGCUUCUUAGACUCCAAAGAAGUCUACCAGAUACUAAAUGGGGACAUGCAGGUAUUUUCAGGUUUGAUAACGCUACGCAAGAUCUGUAACCACCCAGACCUUUUCUCGGGCGGCCCCCGGAUGUUGAGGGGGGUCCCAGAGAACCAGCUAACUGAGGAGGAACACUUUGGCUUUUGGAAACGUUCAGGCAAGCUGAUAGUGGUGGAGUCACUGCUGCGGGUUUGGUUUAAACAGGGCCACAGAGUCCUGCUCUUCACUCAGUCUAGACAGAUGUUGGACAUCUUGGAAGUGUUCAUGAUGGAGAAUAGCUAUUCAUACCUUAAAAUGGAUGGCACUACCACGAUAGCUUCUCGACAGCCACUCAUUGCUCGCUACAACGAGGACAAAUCAAUUUUUAUCUUCUUGUUGACCACUAAAGUCGGAGGUCUGGGAGUCAAUCUGACUGGAGCCAACAGAGUCAUCAUCUAUGACCCAGACUGGAACCCCAGUACUGAUACACAGGCACGUGAACGCGCAUGGAGGAUUGGUCAGAAACAGCAAGUGACGAUUUACCGACUGCUGACUGCAGGGACCAUCGAGGAGAAAAUCUACCACAGGCAAAUCUUCAAACAGUUUCUGACCAAUCGUGUGCUGAAGGACCCCAAACAAAGACGGUUCUUCAAGUCUAACGACAUGUAUGAGCUCUUCACCCUGUCUGAUCCUGAUGGAGCUCAGGGAACAGAGACCAGUGCCAUAUUUGCAGGUACAGGCUCUGAUGUUAAGGCUCCCAAGAAAACUGAGAGGCCAGGGCCAUCACACAUGGUAAACCAUGGCAGCCGUACACAUAAACACUCCUCAGCAAACCAGAAUGAAACAGGUGCAAACUGUGGACACUCCCUGACAGACUUUCCUGCAAUAAAACAUGAGGACACCUCUCCAUGCAGUGCAGUCUCUCAAGUUAAACCAGAUGUCAUGACAAACAGUCAAAGCACCAACCAAAAUGGCAGGGAUGUCGAAUCAAACAUUUCAGCAAACGCACAGCCUGCACAACAGAAUAACAGAGACUGGGAUGCAGCCAUGCCAGCAGUCAAAACCUCACACUCAGCCAGCUCUCACCAGCACAGGGAUAAAGCCUCGGCCCUCAGUAGCCCACAGAAACACAGGGAGAAGAGGAAGCACUGUGACUCAGCUGACUCAGACAAACGCAAACAUAAGAAACACAGACACUCCCGGAAUGCCCGGUUUGAAGGCCAUCGCAUCUCUCACUUGGUGAAGAAAAGGACCUAUAAGAAGGCAGAAAGUGAAGAUGAUGAGACCAAGAACCAGAAGAAAUUAGAUGAUUAUGUCUUGGCAAAGCUCUUCAAGAAAUCCGGUAUCCACAGUGUGAUGCAGCAUGACAGCAUCAUGGAUUCCUCCAGCUCUGACUAUGUUCUCGUCGAGGCAGAAGCCAACCGAGUGGCCAAAGAUGCCCUGAAAGCCCUUAAGGUUUCUCGCCAAAAAUGCAGGCUGUCCUUCAACAGACCCCCUCCUCCACCUGCUAAGAAACGGUUUGGACAAAAGAAGAAUUCUCUCCUGGUUGCACCUUCUGUUCAAGCUGUCCCUGCCUCGAUCAAAUGCAAAGAUGCUGCUAUUGUAAAGAAGUCCGUGUCAAAGAAACCUGGCACAGCAGCUCAUUUCAGUGGGGAGGGGGCAGAAAGUGACGCAAACCCCGCCCCACUCUCCUCAUUGUCUCUGCUGGCCAAGAUGAGAGCCCGUAAUCACCUCAGUGUGCCCUCCAGCCAAAGAGAAGAAGCAGAGGAAGAGGAGGAUGGCUCUGAAGCUCUAAGAAGGAACUCCCUCCCAGCACCGCCCACCGAGCAUGACGAGCUGUUGGUAGAUCUGCGCAACUUUGUAGCCUUCCAGGCAAAUGUGGACGGACAGGCCACUACCCAGGAAGUGUUGGAGUAUUUCAAACCGAGGCUGACCCACAAACAGGCACCCGUCUUCAGAGAACUGCUGAGGAGCAUCUGUGACUUCCACAGGACAUCUGGUCAGGAGGGAAUCUGGAGGCUGAAGGAGCACUUCCGCUGAGUGAAGCACAAAUGAAAGCGGAAGAGAGACUGAACUGUGAUGCAUAUCUGAGUUCUUGCCAAACAUAAGCCUGUAGAGUUCAAGCUUAAAAUAUCUGUUUGUCAACUUGUGUCAAACGGAGAAGUCAGUGGCAAAAAUAAAUGGCGCACACCAGAUGGAAAUGGAUUUCACAUUAUUGCAGUUUGUUAUGAAGGCCCCUAUUGUAGGCAAUGGACUGUGGGGUUAGUUAAACGUAUCAGCUAUUUAUCACUUAACUAAGUGUUUAAGGGGAGUUGGGAAAUUUAUUUCAGCUGCAAUAUCAGAAUGUUAGUUUGUGCUGGUUCAGGAAAUAUUGCAAUUGUUUUUGUUCACUGUUGUCUGUACAGGAUUAUACUUGAAUUCACUUGUUUACUUGAAAGAAUGUUACCUCCCAUUUUGUAAUGUUCUACUAUAAAAUUAUUUUGUAAAUAUGACCUGUUAUCAUAGUUAUUAGAAGAUUUGUAAUGACUGACUUGAAUUAAAAUAUGGUGCUGCUGAUAUUGUG